CGCCCAUGGGGCCGCUGCCGCCUCGCCCCCGCCUCGGGGCUGCGGGGAGGCUCAGCCCCGGGACCGCCCCUCUCGGUUCCGCUGAGUUGGGGCGGCACCUACUCCUGCGAUCCCCGCCGCUCGCUCCGCCCAGCUACCCCGCCGGGGUGGGAUGCUGCCCUGCCUGGCUCCCCCUGCCCGGCCGCUCUGCAGCCCGGGCUUCGGUGGGGCUCUACACGGCUCCGCUCUCCGCUCCCCGCUCCGAGCUCGCCGGGCGCGUCCCUGCCCGGCUCCCGCCGCCGCUCCGCGCUCCCGGCUCCGCUCCCCGCCUCGCAGCGUCCCCGCCCUGUUAUCCCGCCACGGCUCCCUGCGCCAGCCCCCUGCUCUUGUCCCCAUGCAGCCCUCCGAGCGCUCCUCGCCGGCGACAGAGCCGGUAAAAGUUGCCGGUGCGGCUGCGGGCGGUCGCUGGGCUGCGCUGCGCUCCCGCCGGGAGGGACGGCGAGCGCCGGUCCCGCUCGGCUCCUCCCCGAGCUCCGGGACUCGCCCCCCGGGCCGCCCUGGGGAGCAAGGGGGCUUGGGGGAUCCUCCCCUUUACACCCUCGGGGGAGCGUCCCGGGACAGCCCCGGCGGAGCUCGCUGUCCGGGCACCACUCUCACCGCUCCCGAGCAGCGGAACAGUUUUCCGUGUCCCGAGGGCUGCGAACAGAAGGUGGGGCUUCGGUCCCCCCUCGGAUGGCGGAGGAUCGGUGUCUGCCGCUGCCGCUUGUUAAGGAAGGCAGCACUGGCAGUGCCCGGUGCCUUCCCAUGCGCUGCUGCUUCAAAUGGAAUAAUUUUCCGACAUGUGAGACCCGAGAUCGUGAUUCCACAAACCUGGGGCACUGCCUAACAUGGCUUUUAUGAUAUAACACCCUUGUCCUAAGGGAAAACGGGGCAGACCUGAGAAGGGCGUUUGUGUGCGCGUCUGAAAGGAUGAGGGGAAAUCCCCGUCCUUUGUUCUGGCAUCUGGGUUUAAUCCUGGGCUAUCGGAGCCCUGCUCACCCCAGGUCUGAGAGUAAUACUGUGACUGGGGCACUGACCCGCACCACGGCCUGUGGUGGAUCGCCGGGAUCUCAGAGGAAUCCCUCUCUGCAGCCGCGCUGGCUAUGGGGGGGAAAUCACCUCGUGGGUCUCCCUGGCAGCGAAGUGGAGGCUGCCUGCUUGAGUACACCUUGAAUGGUAUUUUCUGCCCGUGGGACUGCUGUCAUCUUUCCCCAUUUGACUGAGUACUGAGUGCAAUACAGCAUCCUGCUGUUCUGUAUGGAAGGAUGGUUUGAGACAUUCACUCUUUUCCCCUUCCUUUGAGGUUUAUCUUCAGAGAAGUUCAUGAAGAAAAAGAAAAUCAUAGAAUCACAGAAUGGUCGGGGUUGUAAAGGACUUUUAAAGGCCAUCUACUCCAACCCUCCUGGCAUAAGUGGAACACCUUCAAGUAGAUCAGGUUGCUCAAAGGCCCUAUUCAGCUUGACUUUGACUGUUUUCAGGGAUGGGGCAGUCACCACAUCUCUGGAUGAUCUCUGGCAAUUUUUUACUACCCUGGCUGAAAAAACCUUAGUUUUCCUCCCUUAGUUUUUCUUCUUUGUGUUGGUAUGCACAAAAUCUGCAUAAAUACUUCCCAUCAGGCUGCAUAAAACAAGAGAUUACUGCCUCCCAAUAGGUCUGAACUGUGUGUUUUCUGAUUUAAAUUAAUCUUUCUUGCGUGGGGGUCACCAGAGGUGUACAAAGCCCUCAAAGCAAGGUCUUACCCAGGUCUUGGGCAGGCAUGCUGCUGCUUCUCUGUCUCAUAUGUCCUUGCCCCCAUCAUGUGCUCAUCCCCAGCCUGCUGACAUCACACCUGCUUGCUGAUACCUUCCCAGACUCCUGCAAAGCUAGUGUUUCUCUCUGAAUUGAUACAAGGUUGCAAAAUUGGUUCCCAACAUGGAAAACUACAGCUGCCAGGGUGGUGAUCUGUAGGCCAGGUCUGCACCAUGUUCUGCAUGUAGAGAUUGCCAUAUGAUUUUCCUUUGGACACCGUUGCUAUUCUGGGGAUUAUGGCUGUAAAGAAUUCCGGCUCUGGACUCAGUUUUUGAGCAAGUCAUAGCAAGUGGUCACUGUUAGAAACCUGAACUAUACAGAGUGGUCAAGAUUUUGUUUGUAAUACUUUUGACUCAAAUGGCUCUUCAUUUUGAAAGUAUCUUUUUAGCUUGAUAAUUAAUAGCAAUAAAUCCUUAAUUUUUCUUCUCUGA